AUGAUAGCUUUCAAUGGGAGAACUUCAUUGAAGCAGUAUAUGCCAAUGAAGACUAUAAAAAGAAGUUACAAGGUGUGGUGUUUAGCAAACUCUAAGACUGGAUAUAUUCAAAAAUUUGAAAUUUAUUGUGGAAAAGAAACUUCUGAUAAUAAGGAUAAAAUAUUGAGCUUAGGGAAAACACUAAUAACUAAACUAACGGAAGAUGUGAAACAGACAGGUCAUCUUAUAGCCUAUGAUAACUAUUUGACAUCUUUUAGGCUUGCAAAAAGUCUACUUAUAAGUGGUCUGUUUUCUGCGGGGACUAUUAGGCUGCAAAGGAAGGAUCUUUCACCGAUACUGAAGGCUAAUAACAAACUACUAAGGGAGAAAUCAGUGUUCCUAGCUAAGGAAGGUGUUGCUGCAAUAAAGUGGAUGGACAAAAAGGCUGUUAUAUUGUUGACUACUGCACACAAUUCAGCAAUUAUUACAUCUGUAAAUCAUACAAAAAAGGAUGGUACUAAAACUGAAAUACCUUGCCGUAAAGCUGUUGCCGUAUAUAACGAUAUCGUGGGAAGGGUUGAUUGCUUCGAUCAAAGAAAUGAAAGAUACCAAAUAGGAAGAAGAUCUGUAGAAUGGUGGCGUCGUAUUUUUUAUUUUCUUACUGAUCUUGGCAUCGUAAAUAGUUUUAUACUGUGGCAAGUAAACAAGAGAAACAGAAGUUUAGACCAGCUAACAUUCCGUAUAGCAUUAGCUUUAUCAACUAACUAG